GGAUGCUUGUGCGUGUGAAAGAUGCCACUAUACGAGCUAAGGAUGGAGGUUCGAGUGCAGAAGUAGGUCCGACCUUAAUAAUGGGUGUUGCUUCUUCUUCCAGGGCACCAGGAGGCACAAAAGCAGCAGCCACUAAUAAAGAAGCUGCAAAGAAUCGCAGCGUGUAUUUUCAAUUUUCAGAAUUCGAAGCCGAGG